AUGGAACGAAUACUAUCUCUUACUGAUGAUGAGUUAAGAGCCGAGUUGUCAAGCAAGGGAUAUUACCCACCACCUAUUCAAGAUGACGUCACUAGGAGAAUAUUGCGCAAAAAGCUGGCAUUUUUAAUUGAUCCUUCUCUGGUGAUUGAAGAGCCGUAA